GAUAAAAUUCCCACGUUCUAAACUGUUUCCCCUUCUCCCGCUUCAAAAUCUUUUAGGCUAACAUAGAACAAUUUUUCAUUUUCAAUUUUUCUUCCUCGAUAAAAAAUCAUUUCUUAAAUAAACUCGUGCCCCUAUGUUCUUGAGUUUUUUUUAUUUUUAUUUUGGAACCUGACCAUAUUCUACACCCCUGUAUCUAUCUAAUGUGUAUACAUCAUGUCUAAAAGUGUUUUUCAAACAUGUUUGGCGUGAAAAGCAUCAGACAUCAGAUAGUUUACAAUAGUUUUAGAGUAGAUCAGCUUGUAGUCUUGCGUUUGCAGAUCAAAGUGGCAGGAGAGAGUCCAUACAACCGAUCGAGAUUGGUUUCCUGCGUUAAGGCUCCUUGUGGUUUCAGUGAAGUUCUUUAUAUGGGGAAUCCAAAUAAUACUGGAAUGAGUGGUUUGAUCGGGAAUGAGGAGGGGAAGUGCAUUGCAGGUUUCCAUAGCUACAUUGGGUGGACAACAAGCAUAAUGGUGGAGGCUGAUUCCCUUGAGGCAGUUCAUUUGAUUUCCGGUAACAGUGGUCCUUUUCAUCCUUGUCAUGCUCUGUUGGAGGAUAUAAAUUCUUCGCUAAAUCGUAGCUUGUUUCACUCAUUGAGGGAAGGGAAGGGAAUCGAUGCGCAGGCUUUCUUGCCAGGCUAGAGUCGACCUCUCAGGCUCCCAGUUUCGUUUGGGAAAUUCCUCCUUCAGGAAUCAACAGCAGGAACCUGCAGAAUGAGUGGCAGGCGUCCUCCGUUGCAUGCAUGUGGAGUUUCUUUCAUGGAAAUCACUCGAAAAGCUUACAGAGAAGCCAAAGAAAUUAAUGGACCGUUAGGUUUAGUGACAAAGAAGUUGAUCAGGUUAGCUUCGUUUGCUUCCCUUCUUGAAUGUGUCCUGCGGUAUGAGUGUUUCUUCCUGGCAAUCCUCUCUUUUGUGGACGAUCAUAUAAUAUUAGCCCUUGAAAGAAAGGCUGAGGGUAUUUUCCCACCAUCAAGAUAUGUGUUCAACAAGGUUGACAAGCUCGUCCAAAUUGUAGAAACCAUUCCAGCAAAAUUUGAUUCUGCUGUUAACAAGUUUCCCAUCUUAAUCAACCAAAUUCCAUUUCUAGACUGGGCACUGUCAUGUGCUAUCUGUUGGCUGAACUUUUGGUUAUCUAUCCUGACUCAUUGGGGAUCAGAAACUACUAAAGAAAAGGAGAUCGUGGUCGAUGUAAACUGUAACGACAACAGUAUUGAACAGAAAAUUGCUCAAGAAGAAGAUAGUAACGCAAUAGAGUUCCAAAAUCACGAUGGAAAUGAAACAAAGGUAUGUUUCUGUCCCAUGUCUGCAACAUCAGGAUCGGAAUCUCAGACAGGUAGUCCGAAACUUGUGAGAUGCACAUUCAAGGAUGCACUGGAAAAAGUUGUGAAAACCACAAAUAAGGAUGCACUAGAGAAGGGGACAGGAGAGAGCAUACAGAACUCAGAGGAGAGCACAAAGCAGAUGAUCCAAUCCACUGUCAUUAGCAGUGAAGAAACCAGCACAGAGCAGAUGAUCCAAUCCAUUGUUAGCGGUGAAGAAACUAGCACUAAAGGUGAGACAAACGAGAGCAUGAAACAGAAAGAAUGUAUUGCUGAGGAGGAGACAGGAGAAGCGAGGCCUAGCAAGGAAGCAACUGGAGAAGGAGGGGAUAAUACUGCAGUCAUCGAAGGUAAUCUAAUCAGUUUGCCUGCAAAUAAAAAGCUGACAAGCAUCAGCAAGGAAGAUCCAAUUUUAGCACUAUUCGAAUCUGCCUGGCACAUAUAAAAUCGCAACGAAAGCUGCUGUAAAUGUUCUACUUCAUACCUAUGAUAAAGGAAGCUUAUGUAAUUUUCUAUUUGAACCAAUUGAACAUGAAAAGU